AUGAAAACCACUCUGGAAAUUUCUCUAUGCCUGGCUGCAAUUUUCAUAUGUGUAUUUCUAACCCAUGCAUCAUUAGAGACCGAAAACAAUGAAGUGAAUCACAAACUGAGCGGCGUUAUUCAAUGGAAAUACGAGAAACGUCCUUUCUGCAAUGCAUUUACAGGCUGUGGUCGGAAGCGUACCUCGUAUCCGUCAUAUCCGCCCUAUUCGCUCAUUAAGCGCAACGAUAUCGAUGAGAAGCCGUAUAAUAAUGAGUACUUAAAUGAGGGAUUAAGCGAUCUAAUUGACAUCAAUGCAGAGCCCGCUGUUGAGAAUGUACAAAAGCAAAUAAUGUCACAGGCGAAGAUUUUUGAGGCCAUUAAGGAGGCCAGCAAGGAGAUCUUUAGGCAAAAGAACAAACAGAAAAUGUAUGAGAAUGAGCAACAACAACUGCAACUACAACAACAACAGCAGCAACAGCAACUGGAACAGCGUGAGAAUAAUUAAUCCGGCAUUAUA